AUGUGGCAGGUCCGUGUGAAAGCCAUAUGUGUGCUUAAGGCGAUAUUGAGGAAGAAAAAUGAUGAACCUUUUUCCAUUGUCAGCUCUUACUUUACUGAAAAUAUAGACGUCGUGGUAAAAUGCUCUGAGUCUCCUCAAGCCUCUUUAAGGGAAAAUCCAAAUAAGGUUCUAAGCCUUCUUAAUGGAGAACAAAGUGGUAGCAGGAUAAGCCAUCAAGAAAAACGGAAUGGAGUCUGUACACAGGAAGUUACUGGUCUUGGUAUAUGUGUCGAGGUGGUAAAGAAUAAGCUAGCACCAGCUAUGAUAAAGGCAGAGCUGGAGAUUGAGUGUAGAGGUGAGUUUUGUGUUUUCAAGUUUACAGGUAAUUUGAAUGAGCGAGUAAGAGAUAGGGUUUUAUACAAUAUACUUAUUCAAGCUGAUGUUUAUGGGUGGAGCAGUGAAUUUGUUAUUAUUUCUAAUCUAUCAUGGCAACCUUCAACAGUAGUUUUGGACUGGCACAUUCUUGCAGAAGAUAUCAUGUACGUGUUCUUGUGCUGCUAUUGUGGAUUCAGGAACAUCCUUGCUUACUGUUCCAACUGUAUGUAUUUCACGUGA